UACAGAUAAAAAUGGAAAAAAAACGUCUUUCCAGACUGACAGUGCUGCCUAAUGCCACAGCAGCCACGCAGAUGGAAGCAUUUCUGCUUGGUGUUGUCCUCUUUGGUGUGCACACAUGCAGUUUACUGCCCCUUCACUUGCCCAUCUAAAAUAUGCAGUUUCCUGCAUACUACAGACAAAUUUUAACAAAGGCAAAAGGGCCUCCAGUCGUUGGAAAGAGUUUGAAGAAUUAUUACCUGAAUGUUUCUGAGCAUUGUUCUGCUUCUAGCUGCUCAGCAUGUCUUGGCUGCUCCCGGUGUGCACACUCUGACCAUGAGCAGCAAUUCCUCCCUCAGCAAUGGGAAGGGCCUGAGGAACCUGACCACGGAGGAAGAUGGGGCAGUCAGAGUCACCGAGUCCAUUGCUAUAAUUGUCAUUGCCAUCUUCAUCUGUUUGGGCAACCUGGUGAUUGUUGUCACUCUGUAUCGCAAGUCAUACCUUCUCACCUUGAGCAACAAGUUUGUGUUCAGCCUGACCCUCUCCAACUUUCUACUCUCCGUGCUGGUGCUGCCUUUUGUUGUCACCAGCUCCAUCAGGCGAGAAUGGAUCUUCGGGGUUGUUUGGUGCAAUUUCUCAGCCCUGCUCUACAUGCUGAUCAGCUCAGCCAGCAUGCUCACUCUGGGACUCAUAGCUAUAGACCGGUACUAUGCUGUGCUGUACCCGAUGGUUUAUCCGAUGAAGAUAACGGGCAACAGAGCAGUGGUAGCUCUUGUGUACGUGUGGCUGCAUUCCCUUAUUGGCUGCCUCCCUCCCCUUUUUGGCUGGUCCUCUUUGGAGUUUGACCAAUUCAAGUGGAUGUGUGUGGCAGCCUGGCACAAGGAGGCUGCCUACACGGCCUUUUGGCAGAUCUGGUGCGCACUGCUGCCCUUCGUGGUCAUGAUGAUCUGCUAUGGAUUCAUAUUCCGUGUGGCCAGGAUUAAGGCCCGCAAAAUCCACUGUGGGAGUGUUGUCAUUGUGGAGGAGGACUCUCAGAGGAAUGGGAGGAAGAACUCCAGCACCUCCACGUCCUCCUCUGGCAGCCGAAGGAAUGCUUUCCAAGGGGUUGUUUACUCAGCCAACCAGUGCAAAGCUUUUAUAACCAUCUUGGUUGUCAUUGGGGCUUUCGUCAUUACAUGGGGACCUUACAUGGUAGUAAUAACAUCAGAGGCACUUUGGGGUAAAAACAGUAUUUCCCCUGCUUUGGAGACACUGGCUACAUGGCUGUCCUUUUCCAGUGCCAUUUGCCAUCCACUAAUUUAUGGGCUGUGGAACAAGACGGUGCGCAAGGAACUCCUGGGAAUGUGCUUUGGGGAUCGGUAUUACCGCAAGUCCUUUGUUCAGCGGCACAGGACAUCGAGGCUGUUCAGCAUUUCCAACAGGAUCACAGAUUUGGGACUAUCUCCUCACCUUACUGCCCUCAUGGCAGGUGGGAGGCCACUAGGAAACAGCAGCAGCACAGGAGACACGGGUUUCAGCUGCUCACAGGAUUCAGGAACAGAUACAAUGCUUCUGGAAGACUAUAGCUCAGAUGGCCCUCAUGCCCCACACUGCAUCUGUCCCCCUCGAAGGAGGAGUUCAGUGACGUUUGAAGAUGAAGUGGAACAAAUUAAAGAAGCUGCAAAAAAUUCUGUUCUUCAUGUAAAAGCUGAAGUCCAUAAAUCUCUGGACAGUUAUGCAGCCAGUCUGGCCCGAGCUAUAGAAGCUGAUGUGAAGCUCAGCCUGUUUGGGGAAGAUGCUUUACCAGGAGCCCUGUUCCCCUUGUGGACUGCAGCAGGAAGCAGCGUGAACACCCGGCGUGGUGCCAGGCCUCAUGCCAGCCAAAGACUGAAGCUGCAGAGCAUCGAUGAAGGGAACAUUUGACACAAGCACUACUCCUGUGGAGUAGGAAAACAGAGUGAAACCACUAAGCAGGGCCUACUGCAGCUGGUAGUGUUUCACCAGAACCAGGAGACCUUGUUGAGAUGUUUCCAGUGUUUUUUCAACAGCUGGGUUCUGGUACUUGCAUCAGCAUUUUACGGCAGUGUUUGUUUACUGGUUAGGGUGCUACUGACUCUUCUGCCACAUCAUUGUCAUAUGGUGCAUAGGAAUGCAAGGCUUGGUUUCAUUGACAGAUCAUUAGUCAGUUGAAUCUUGGGUCCGUUAUUGGCCAAAGCUGAUACAGGAACAAAACAGAGAAGGUAGGUGCAGUGUUGAAUUCAUUGUUACAUCCAUCCUCUUCUGACCACCAGGAUAAUCAGUUGAUAGCUGGAGUGCUCUGAUAGGAGCUUGUGCUUUGGAUAGUACAUAAAGCCUUACUGUCUCAGACUCCCAGCUGAGGAACAUGGACUUUUCUAAGGGCAAAACCAGAACUUUUCAGAGGCCUCAUGGAGAUUAUGGUCCUACUUACCUUUGAUGGGGGAUAUUUCAGUCUGUUCAGUUAUCAGAAUGCCAGAUCUGACAUUGGACUGUGUUUAGCUUUAGCUCCUCUGGAUGUAAUGAAUGGGAGUAAUAAGGUGCUGGGAACAGCACAGAGAUGGGAUUUGAGGAAAUCAUCAGUGCAGAAUUCUUAGUUUCUCUGAGAACUUCAGCUCACAUAUCCCUGGUUUUGCUGUUGUUAAAAGGGUAGUCUGGCUCUACUAAGCUUGAUAGACUAUAAAUAAGAUGCUACCACUUCAUAUUCAGGAUUCAUCUUCUAGAGAGAAAAGAGUUAGCUGUUUGUUUUUUUUAAAUCAUGAGGGAAUGUAGUAUUUAAGCUGUAGUUACCUCAGUGCUUCUUUUUCUUGGAGUAUUAAUUCAUUAAUCUCAAAAAUAAGAACAUUUGGCACUUAUAUUGCACUUUGCAUGUUCUUAAGCACUGUACAGACAUUACCUUGUUAGGCCUUUGUGAGAGGGUUGAUCAGCCCUGCUUGCCAAAGAAGGGGAACUCGGCACGGCCAAGCUGCUGGCAGUGAAACAAGCUGCAAAGGUGGGAAGUUUCAUAAGGACAAGAGAAAUGUGGUGGAUCAUUCGAGUAUAUCCAGCUUGAGGAACCUUUCUGUGCCUUCCUGGGCUACCCCCUUCCUUGCUUUGGGGGGAUUAAAGCCCUGCCUUACCGUGUAUUUCAAAGAGAGGGAAACAAAAGUGAGCAGGAUAAUUCCUUGGGGGUGGGUGUCAGUAGCAAACGGACUUAAGGACCAAGGAUUUGCAUUUGUUUACUCUCUGCUCCCCUGUGCCUCUUCCUUUCCCCAGAAGUGCUUUGUAUGAGGUUUUGCUGCAGAUUGUUUGGAAAUCAGGAGCAGGAUGUUUCCAUCUGGGCAAAAAUGGGGUGUAUGGUCCUUAAGUUUUGUCUUUGUCGACUUAUUCAGAGGCACAGAAGCAAAGUGUUGUGAGGCCGAGCCUCUGUCCAGUACUGUAUUUAGACAUCCUAUUUGUCUGUGUUCCUGACUCAGAUGUAUUUCAGCACAAGGUUAUGUCCAUCUCUGGACAAAGCAACUUGAUGUUCUGAACUAGGCUGAAUCCCAUUGCGUUCCCAUGUAAAAUAUAACUGCAUGCUUAAAAUUCAGUUCAUGGUUUGCUGAUUUAAGAACAGGCUGUUAGAGCGAGAACACUUAAGCUCCAGUAAAAUGGCUCUUAGCAUAAUGCAGGAAUAAAUCAAUUAAUAAUAGUGAGGUUCUAACUCCUGCAUUUUUUACUUCCCUUGUGUUAGAGAAAUUGUACCUGUGGUCACUCGUUAGAAAAAAAAAAAACCAAAACCCCCAGUAUUUGCCGGGAAACGCCCUGCAGCAAGGUCAUUAUUGCUGCUGUUAGCAUUGCAAUCACAGUCUGUUGUAGUACUCAACACUUCUUAAGCUGUAGCUUGCCUGGAAGUAUUUUGUCUGCGUCCCUUUUAUUCCAUACUCCUGCUUGAACCAAGCUGAGCAGAGUCGUUGCAGAAUGUCAGAAGGGCACACACGAGUAUGAAUGUAUUGUGGAGGAGUAGGUGCUGGCCCAAAACGCUCUGUGUUUAGGAGAAAAAAAUUCCAAUGGACGUGUGGAACCACAAAAUCGGUAGUAUUGUGUAAAAAGCACGUUUUUCACACAGGCACUGAGACAAACGCAGUCUUCAAGCAGGUCGGGGGGGUGUUGCAAGUGUUUACACCAUGGCUGAAUUCGGCUGCCAGUGUUAAUGCCAUUAAUCUGUUAUUUAGUGUAAAUGUUGUUCAUAUUUUUUACACACGUUAUAACCCUUCCAUAAAUCUGUUAUUACUGGAGUAGUUCUCUCACUUGAGUUGUCAUUAACAAAAGCAGUAAUUGUUAAAUGCACACGUUUUGUAAAACUGUAUUUCCCAUCUUAAAUACAGAAGAGAAA